GUCUUGAACUGCAAGCAGCAGCUGCUGGGACACAGUGAGUCUCACCCAUUGAUGUGUCUCUGCCUCUACUGGGACCAGCAUGACUUGUGGCAAGGAAGGGCUGCGUCUCCACUAGAAAGGAAAUGUGAUUACCAGUAUGCGUAGAAGUGGAAUAAACAGAUCCGACACGCAUCCAGCUGCUGCCGCUAGCUCUAGAGGUAGCUAGCUAGCUAGCUAGCUCCCGUAGCUCACCAGCCUGUGGGGGGCUAACCGAGCUAACCGUGGCUAGCCAGUCGCUAGCUCUCUGGCUAGCUACAGAUAAUCACCUGUACCUGGCUCCCGACCCGUUUUUGUGACACGUAAAAGGGGGACAAAAUGGAGCUGUUCCAAGCCAAAGACGACUACAUUCUGCAGAGCGGGGACCGAGCUCUGUGGUGCAGCCGAAAAGACGGGACCAUGACCGUCAGACCUGCAACAGACCUGUUGUUAGCUUGGAAUCCGGUGUGUUUGGGUUUGGUGGAAGGUGUCAUUGGAAAGAUUCAGCUUCACACAGACCUUCCUCUCGGCCUCGUAUUAAUCCGCCAGAAAGCACUGGUGGGCAUUUUACCAGGCAACCACAAUGUCUACAAGAUCACCAAGAUAGCUGUCAUUCCUCUCUCCGACGAAGAGCCGCAGGAGCUCGAGCUGGAGCUUUGCAAGAAGCAUCACUUUGGAAUCGACAAACCAGAGAAACUGGCCCAGUCUCCCGAUGAGUCAAAGUUCUUGAUGAAAACCUUCAGCCAGAUCAAAUCUAAUGUGGCUGUGCCCAUCAAGAAAAAGUAUUCCCCUGCCUUCCAGGUCAAGGAGAAUAAAGAGAAGGAACGUCUGGAGAGGCGGCUGCUGGAUGAGCUGUACAAGGUGUUCAUGGACUCAGAUUCCUUCUACUACAGCAUGACCUACGACCUGACGAACACUGUGCAGCGUCAGGGAGACUCAGACAAGUCGGGACUACCCCUGUGGAAACAGGUGGACGAUCGUUUCUUCUGGAAUAAACACAUGAUCCAAGACAUUAUUGACCUUCAGGUGCCAGAGGUGGACUUUUGGGUGACACCGAUCAUCCAGGGCUUUGUACAGGUGGAGGAACUGGUGGUGAACUACAACGAGACGUCCGACGAGGAGAGGAGCAGCCCUGAGACUCCACCACAGGAGGUCACCUGCGUCGAUGACAUCCAUCCCCGCUUCACCGUGGCCCUGAUCUCCAGACGUAGCCGCCACCGCGCAGGGAUGAGGUACAAACGCAGAGGAGUGGAUACCGAUGGCCACGUUGCUAACUAUGUGGAGACAGAGCAGUUGAUCCACGUGCACAGCCACACUCUGUCCUUUGUGCAGACUCGUGGCUCCGUGCCUGUCUUCUGGAGCCAGGCAGGGUACCGCUACAAUCCCCGGCCACGCUUAGAGAAAGGUGAGAAGGAGACCAUGUCCUACUUUUCUGAUCACUUUGAAGAACAGCUCAAACUCUACAAAAAGCAGGUCAUCAUUAACUUAGUGGAUCAAAGUGGACGGGAGAAGAUAAUUGGUGACGCGUAUCUGAAGCAAGUCUUGCUUUACAACAACCCGAACCUCACAUAUGUUUCCUUCGACUUUCACGAGCACUGCCGAGGUAUGAAGUUUGAGAACGUGCAAAUACUGACAGAUGCGAUCUCUGAUAUCAUCACUGACAUGAAGUGGGCCUGGGUGGAUCAGGCUGGAGUCAUCUGCCAGCAGGAGGGCUUCUUUAGAGUCAACUGUAUGGACUGUCUGGACAGGACCAAUGUGGUCCAGGCUUCUUUUGCUCGGGCGGUGAUGGAACAACAGCUUAAGAAACUAGGCGUGAUGCCUCCGGAGCAGCCUCUGCCUGUCAAAUGCUACAGGAUUUAUCAGAUCAUGUGGGCCAACAAUGGAGACACCAUCAGCAGACAGUACGCAGGCACAGCAGCUCUCAAGGGAGAUUUCACCAGGACGGGGGAGAGGAAACUGGCUGGUGUGAUGAAGGAUGGUGUGAACUCAGCCAACCGCUACUAUCUGAACCGCUUCAGGGACGCUUACAGACAAGCAGUCAUCGACCUAAUGAUGGGCCUGCCGGUGACGGAGGACCUGUACUCCAUCUUCAGUAAGGAGAAGGAGCAUGAAGAGAAGGAGAAAGAGAGCCAGAGGGGAGCACAGGAGCAGGUCAGCCUCCUGCUGCAGACCUACAUGCAGCUUUUGCUGCCGGAUGAUGAGAAGUUUCAUGGAGGUUGGGCACUCAUCAAUUGUGACAUGAGCCUCGUUGAUGCAACCAACAAAGACGUGGAUGUGCUGCUGCUUCUGUCUGACAAAGCCUAUUACAUUGCUUACUACGAUGAAGAAGCAGAUAAAGUCAACCAAUACCAGCGCCUCAAUUUAGAGGGUUUGGAAAAGAUCGAAAUUGGUCCAGAGCCGACUCUGUUUGGGAAGCCAAAGUUCUGCUGCAUGCGUUUGCAUUACAGGAGUGAAGAGACGAGUGGAUACUUUCACACGCUCAGAGCAGCAACACGAAAUCCGGAGGAUGACGGAAAAGACACAUUACAGUGCAUAGCUGAGAUGCUCCGCAUAACUAAACAGGCCACGGGGCUGGACCUGCUGGUGGUUGAAAAGAAGCUGGAGAGGCGGCAGAGUAAACCUCAUGAGGAUAUAAUGGGCAUUCAGAACAAACCUGCUGACCAGGGCCAGGGCAGCUCUGGACUCGCUCAGGGCAAAAGUUUCCUCCUCAACAAGUUCUCCUCUCUCAAUCAGAAAGUGAAACAGACCAAGACGAACGUAAACAUUGGCCCCUUCAAGCCCCUCGGGAGGCUGGGCACCUUCUCCAAACCUGACGUUAAGGUCAAUUUCCUAAAGCCAACUAUGCACGUCAACCUGUGGAAGUCAGACAGCAGCUUGGAGACUUCAGACAACAACCCCAACACAGGAGUGCUAAAAGAUAUCGGCGACGGGCACUCUGAAAUGUCAGAUGACUCCGACUCUUAUAACUCUGACCCGGAGCACCCGUGUUCCGGUUCGUUAGAGAACGUGGACUAUGUGCUGCCCAGCUGCGGCAUCGUAGCAUCAAAUCCACGACUGGGCAGCCGCUCCCAGUCCAUCGGCAGCGUGGAGCUAAACAUCCCGUCUGUUAUCCGAGUCACCGGCUGCGACGGGAAGCAGGAAAGCUCCCCGCAAGCCAGCGAAGACAAGUCCCCAGGGGCCGCCUCGGUGGCUGAAGAAGCCAUUCUGAUUGACUUUGGUACUCCCAUUGAAGCCUACUGCCACCAGUUCAUCCAGGACGCACAGACCAAACCCGUGGAGGUGUUUGGAGAGCAGCCUCCAGCCGCCGUCCCCCUACUCAACCCUGCCGUGCCUGUGCAGAAUAAGACCCUAGCGGACUCGGACAAGCAGCCAAGCUCGGAGCCGCAGCAGGAGCCCCAGCUCCCCAGGCCGUCCCAGCUAGACGUCGACUCCACUACCUCCGGCUCCAACCUCCUCACCGUCCAGAAGCCCAGCUCCGCGGCCUCGGGAGGCUCCCAGAGGAGCCUGUGUUCACAGUUGGAGGGCAGCCUCGGCCCCUCGCCCGCCGACAGCAACGGCAGCCGAGUGGUGUCCCCCUUUGCCAAGAUCAAGAGCUCCAUGGUGCAGGUGGCCAGCCUCACCCAGGCGGGACUCACCCAGGGCAUCAACUUUGCCGUGGCGAAGGUACAGAAGAGUCCGGAGCCAGACACUGUUGUCAACGAAGCCCAAGAGAACGAGCUGAAGGCAAUGUUUACACAGUGCCAGACCAGGAUCAUUCAGAUCUAGUGCUUUCCUUGUAGCAGGAUUUUGUAGUCGCACGUCGCGUAGAAAACUUCCUGUAUGGUAGCAGUAGCAAAAGCUUGCACAUAGCGUCACUACUCGGCCAAGAAAUGCACUCCUAAAUUCUGCCCUUUAGUUGCCCUUGUUAAUUAAGACUCUUGUACAGAAGUUAGACAUAUAUCCCUCAGCCUAACAUGACAGUGACCAUGUUUACAUGCACAGAGAGAGCACAUCAGAGAGCGCUCAUUGUCUUAUAAUAUCCCUUUUGCCAUGCAACCUAGCACAAUCAUAUUGUAAUUCCCAUGUUUUAUACAGUAGAACAUUUGAUUGAAUAGCGUGUAUGUACAUCUAAAUCCUAAAUCGCUCCAGAAAUACUGCUACCUUUGAAGUAAACUGUUCUGUAAGUGCAGUUUUCUGAUCAAACAUGGAAGGAUUAUUACCCUAAGAGACAAAUAACAAGACAUAAGAAGAUAUUUAAGAUGUUUAUAACUCAUGUACUUGCAGUGAUAUGCUGAGUAUUUUUGUGCAUGUGAACAUGUCACUACCCUUAGUCUUAUUAUACCCACAGUGCUUGCAUGUGAGGUUAACGGUAGCUGAUUUUGACAGGGCAGAUAAGCAUUAGCCGCGUGUUGAAAGACCAAUCUGACUUUAUCACGUACUGUACGUCCACCCUGUAUGUGCAGGUCACUUUAUUGGCGUUUGUGAUAUUAGACCUCGUAAUAGCCUUCGAUUUGUAACAGUUGUUGUAGAAUCCGACCAAAUAUCUUUUUUGUGAUUCCCAAAGGACAAAUCUGUGUAAACUAUUACCCUUUGUAUAGCUGUCAGAAACUAGCCGCCGGACGACAUACUGUACGUAGUUUAUCCUAUGUAAUAUCAAUGUUGUCAAGUGUAAUUUAGCAGAUAUACUGUUAUAGAAAUAAUGACUACACAAGACCUUUAGUAAGAGUAUCCUGGUUGUUGAUAUGUACAGUGAGUAUUGUAUGUUUAUCUGUUCCCUGAGUACAGCCUUCCCUUAAGCUUUUUUGUAUUGAUAGCAGGGUGGCAUCUUAAUAUGUUCAAAGAGGUAUGAGCAUUAUAUUUUGAAAAGGUCGCCCAGGAGUGUCAUCGCUAACCAUGAAAAAACCAGAAAACUACUGGUUGGAAGUUGCUUUUGAUAGAUAAAUAUAAUGAAAUAACUAUUCUGCUAACGGUUGUACUAAUUACCUAAAGAGGGUUUGUUUGAACUUUGAGUCCUCGGCCAGCGUUGUACAUUGACGUUGCAUGUUGACAAAGACAUGAGAGUAGCAUAUAGUAGAUAUAUAUGCAAUUGCACCCAUCCAAUUAUAAGAAACACUGACGCUUUUAUGCACUCCCCCAAACUGAAAGCAUAUUUGCCUUAACAGGGAAUUGAAGUGGGAUUAUGUAUAUCAGGUAUUUAUGGCAAAAUCUACCUUUUUAAGUCCAUUCUUACAUGUUACAUUUGGUGUACUGUAUAAAAGAUCAUGUUCAGGGUUACCGUCUGUCGUCAGGCUGUAUCUUGGGAUAUUUCAUCCACCGGCACAUACUCGUGUUCUCCAUUUAUAUGAGCAGGUUUGGGAGGUGUGUCGGGUGUGUGUUUGUACUGUACAGUAUGUUUGCUGCUUGUAUUUAGUUAUUUUUAUGUGCUACGAAGCCUCAAACAUUGUUAUAUUGUACUUCCGUUAACCUCCAGAAGUGAGGUUUUGCCUCGUUGCUCAACCGUUACACUCUCCAGUUGUCAUCCAGUGCAAAAUGUUUCUCACAUGACCUCGUUACAGAAGAAUUCCUAAUGAACCAAGGCGACCUGAUCACACUGCUUUGUAUGUUUGUGUCUAUUUAUGAUGAAGAAUAAUAAUCCGGUUUGCUUCGAGCUGAAAUAUCCCAAGAUAUGCAGUCACACGUUUCAUAUUAUGUCUUCUAUCUGCCUGUUUUUUUUUGUUUGUUGUUUUUUUGCAUUCAGCUUGCUCACCAGCAGAUUAGAAGUGGGAUACAUGUAUAUUUUAUCGGACUAUAAUUGUGUUAAGUGAGAUUGUAGCCCUGGCUGCUACAUUAUAUAGAUAUUGAACCUGCUGAUAGUGUGUGGUGCUGCCAAAAGCUUUAAGGUAAUAGCUGUAACGCAAAGUUUUAAUGCAGAGGUUGUUUUUUUUAAAACUUCCUGCAGGAUUUCGAACACUGGAGCAGUUCCCAAGCAGAGCAGAAAUCGUAUUCUGUCCCAAACUUGCUGUGUGAAGCUAAAAAAAAAGGAACAUUAGUCCUCAACAUUCCCGAUAGAGACCACAGUGCUAGAGUGUUGGUGUCUGGUUUUUAUAUGCAAAAGCUGGCAGUUAUAUUUGCUCCUAUGUUUGCUGGGUGAGAUUUUUUUUUUUUCUCUUUUUUUCCUUUUUUGUUUUUACACCAAGUGCUUUUGCAACCACCUCUUCAUUUGUUGUCAGAGGUCGUCCUCCCCUCCCAUUAGGACCCCGGACCAUGACAAAUUAUCAUGUGACUUUAGAGGUCUUAAAGCAUUUGAUUUGCACUGUCGAAGCACAUUUUCUAGCAUUAGCACUAUUUCAUCUGAAUGUCUGUGGUCAUCUUUCCUCUCUACCAACUGACUGUUGUCAUUGUUUUCCACGGUGUACUGAGAUUGUAUUGUAUAUUAAAGUAUCCUAUUUAUUCUUAA